AUGGAGGAAGAAACCUUCUCAGGACUUGGCAAUAGGACUUUGCUUUUCCAUAAGAGCUUUGUGCAAGUUCAGGGCAUAUUAGAUCAGAACAGUAUUCUGAUCAAUGAGAUAAACCAGAAUCAUGACUCCAUGAUCCCUGAUAGCCUUAGUAAGAAUGUGAGCCUCAUUAGAGAGCUCAACAACAAUGUACGUUUCAGAAAUACCUUUCUUUCAGGAUUCGAUCAACGGAGAAAGAAAGAACGCAUCGCCGCUUUCCGCUCUUUCUUCUCCAUCGAAGCCGGAGAAAAUUUUGAGAUUUUUAAGCUAUUCCUCUGUCAGAAGACUGAUCUCUGA